ACUGUUGAAGGUGAUAAAUAGUGCUCUUCAGACGUCUCUGAGACGGAACAAUCAAUCACUCGGUUCUCUCACAGAUCUGUGAACGGCUGUCUUCGCAAUGCGAAUCUCCAUUCUGCUGGCUGGCGUCUUCAGUCUGGUGACUGGUCUCCCUGCUCCCCAAGAUAUCGAUCUCGAGUAUGUCGCCGAGCAACCUGAUCCCACAUAUACUAUCGACGUCAUCGGAGCCGCAUCUCAAGUGGUCACUUACGAUGCGGUAUCGAUCGCGGCAGAGAUUACAGCUGGACUCUCCGCCGUCUCUAUCGCUGUUUCCGAUGUAGCAACCUCAAUCAACAUUGCCAAGAGGACCGCAGGUGCAUGUGCAUCUCUUCCUGCUGGAGCUACUGGCGCGCCUUCAAUGUCAUCUGAUAGUGCAUCUGCAUUUGCCGCCAAUCCCACGUUUGUUGCUAUUGCUUCCAGCGCAUCUACACCAUCUGGGUACAAGAAGACGUUCACAAACUCGAAUGCAUCAGCGCUGAGUUAUGGGUUCCUUGGCUUCUCGUCUCUCGACACGUACGACCCCCAGACAUGCUCUCAGAGUUGUGACACAACUCCUGGCUGUAUGGGAUUCAAUAUCUACUUUGAGAGAGAUCCUUCUAUAAUGCCAGCAGCUGCCUGCCCGAACCCUCAAUCUGUCACAUCGAUUGUAUGCUCGCUUUGGGGCGGACCGCUGUCGGCUGGCACGGCUGCCAACUUUGGCAAAACUAUCGCAGGCUUUACCACAGUCAUUGCAGGGUCCAAUGCAUACGUGAAGACGGCAGUCAUCGGCGCACAGGGUUACUCACAGCCAGUAAAUCUCGGAGCCUCGGCCAUCAACGCGCCAUAUGAUGCGCAAGGAUAUAACACUUAUAUGGGGUUUAAGCUCUUCACGACUGGCGUCUUCAACAUCUCGCUCUGCGCUGCAUACUGUGAUGCUCAGACAGUCUACAACGUUGCCCACCCUCCUUCUGACAAGAGCCCUGCGCAGAAGUGUCAUUUUUUCAACACCUAUAUCCUGUACAAGAACAGCGCAUCCAAUGUCCAAGGCCAAUACUGUGUCAUCUAUUCUGAGGUCUGGAAUCAAAGCUAUGCCACCAACACUGGCUCCUGGUAUGGAUCAGAUCAUUACAUGAUCGAUGCCAGUUAUACCGCAUACAGCCUCGCAGAUCAGGGUCCAUCUCCAGUGUCCGGUGAUCGCGACGGUGCUAUCGGUCAGGCCUCAAAGGAGAUUACCUGGUCAAAGUUGCAGCCUUAUUGCUCGGCUCUUGUCGGUAACUCUGGCUCUGGCACACCGCUCUCAGUCCCCGCAGGACUGGCCAAAUAUCCAGCUAGCGUCGUUGAUGCUGCUUGCUCACUACAAGUAACGUCUGCCCAGAAGUCUGCAAGCUCUAGUGGAUCGAGCCAGUCGUCGAGCUUCAUUGGAUCUAGCAUGCUAUCUGUAUCUGCUGUCUCCAGCGGCUCCAGCACUGUUAGCUCCUUCCUGAGUAGCAGUAGUUCUGCUCUUGCUUCCUCGUCUGCAUUAACAGGUAGCAGCGCGAACACUUUCUCGCCUGCGGUGACCAGCACGAGCAGUAGUAUCUCUUCCACCUUAUCGAGCUCACCUAGCGUCACCACGUCUUCGCAUCCUUUGUCAGGCGCGGGUCUGGGCUUUGUCGUCACAGUCCCAACUAGUUUGAACUCCUUGGCGAUGAGUUAUUAUACCCAGAUGACCUCUGGCAUCAAGUACAAUAGUCAAGGAACCAUCUCGGGCAGUCUUAAGGAUGCGACAAAGUCUUCCACAUUCCCUGCAGUCACGGCAGACCUUAGCGAUAACUCUGCUCAGCCAUCACUGCGGGCUCAACUCCAGAAUGUUGGCUUGCCCUCGUUCGACGCUACGGUCCAGGAUGUCCAGAGUGCACUAGAUAACGCACUCGGAGCCAACACCACCUCUGAUGAUGGUGGAGAUUAUGAGAACUGGUUCUCUUCUGACGAUUCACCCGUCACAAAUAUGACCGAACGGGGUACAUCAAGACUUUCAAAGAGAAUCACCUCGGAGGAGUUCUGGAAUGGCGUUGAUACCUGGGUUUGCAACGACUUGGUUACCUCGCUUAGCGAGAAGAUCGAGGCUGCCUGCAAAGUCAAGGAAGGUGUUGAGGCAAUCGUUUGUCUCGCGAACAAUUGUCUGGAUAAAGCGGCGAGCCCACCUCCGCCAGUGGAGUAUCCCUUUGACCAAUCAUACAGCUUCUCACUGCAGAGCUACAAGAACCAGCCAGUUUUCUCGGACGGUGUUUCUGAACUACGCUGCGCUGACUGUGCCAUGGAUGUCUCUAACCUACGAAUCCGGGGCACGAUCGUCAUCAACAUGCAGACGUCUACCGUCGUAAGCUCGACUAUGACCUUGAAUCAAGACUCGGUGCAGAGAUUUAGUAUGGGUAUCACCACGCUCGCGGCUUCUAAGGGUUCAUGGUCGCACGUUUGGUCUGCUCAACCAUUCGGCGGGGUUACUGCUCCAGGUGUCUUCACCGUAUCUCCUUCAAUCUACUACGGCAUUGGUGCGACCUGGUCAACCAACGGACAAACCAAAUUCGACUUCUCCUCAAAGUCUACUAUGAGUGGUGCCAGCGUCGAAUUCGAUGCCGUCGGCGGCUACACCCGAAACGAGCAGAAUUGGGCCCCUACACUGGACGUCAGCCAGCCAGUCUUGUAUGGUCAAUCUGCCACGCUCAUUCCAUUCACCCAAAGCUCUAUCCAGAUUGGCCUCUCUGUUCUCGGGAAUAAUAUUCCAAACGCUAUCGUUGUUAACUCCCAAGUCAGCCUCGGCUUUACAAGCAACUAUGUCACGAUGGCUAAACUGGGUCAUACCAAGUGUGGUGCAGGCCAACUACAGUCAUCCACGUACAACAAGAUUGUGAACACUGUCAACCUCCAAGGCCAAUCGCACAGCUUGUUUUCUUUCUCUCGGUCAACUGCACCAGUGUGCUCUGAUGCAUCCAUCGAUCCUCCGUCUUCGUUCCAGAUCGCUGAUCUCCAACGUGCAGCUGGUGCAGGAUCCUUCUGUUCUUCCUUCAUCAAAUAUCAGCCUGCUACUGUCAACGUUACCUCAAUCAAGACUGUAAUCAAGGCCACCUCGACUGGGACUGUGAUCGGAUCCGGGACCACAACAAUCACGCCUUCGGCGCUCACUUCUACCGUCGUUGUCACUUCAUCAGUGUCGACGUAUCCUUCUCUUAUCAAACGCUUCGUUCCUGCCUCUACAGCUAAUUCUCAACCUGAUCUUGUCGCGAGAAGAGUCGUUCCUACACCCACCAUCCUAUCAACCUGGAUACCUCAGCAAGUCAGUGCAGCAUGUCUAUAUAUUGCGACUGGACUCGCACAAGCAACGAUCACGCAGUCUUUGGUUGUUUCAUCAGGGGUGACUACAGUGACUGCCCAGGCCACCGUGACGGCAGCCGUUCCAACUACGACCAUCACCUCUACAUUAUACGUUCCAGCUGCAACGCCAUACGAAUUGGUGUCUAACUCGAAGAUUUCCAGCGAUCCAGCCCAAGCUAUGGAAUGGUCCUUUACUGGAGGUGCAAUCAAUUCCUGCCGCGUUGUUGAUGUCUAUUCUUCCAGAGGAAAACUUCAAUAUGUUUCCGGUCAAAAGACGGUCUGUGAUCCGGCCACUAUGCAGCUAGCCGGAUCCGCUCGUUCUGGUUCUUACCUCAAAGUAUUGACUGACCUAGAACCUGGAUGGCCAUACAACUUUACACUCUGGGCUGGCUUCAGCAGUACUACAGACACGUGCAAUGUCUCCUACUAUCUCGAUGACGCUCUCAUCACGACUUAUAGUCCAACGAACACAGACACGAAACCAGCUGAUCCGACUGUGGCACAAAUCAUUUACGCGGUUGUGCAUGGCCUGCCCGCCCCUGUCGCUUCUGUCGGCUUCAAAUACCUUUGGAACCAAGAUGGCCCUUACCAGGUUGUUCCCACAAAGUCGAGUCAGACACUAAAGAUCACCAUGACUUGCCUGCAAGACGGAGGUUACGCAGAGUUUGGUAAGGUAAGUUUCAAUGGGCCCGGCACGUGGUAGACUAUAAAGGAUGGCGGUCAAAGAUGUAGCUAUCAUCUAAUGGAGGCUUAAGACCCUAGACUCCAUUAAACCAUUCCUACAACCUCAAGCAACAAGAUCAUGAAUACCAGAACUUACG